CAGGUGGCCACAAUACAAAAACAACCCUCCGUAGCAGAGAGAGAGUGAGAGAGAGAGAGAGAGAGGGAUGGAAGGGAAAGAGGAGGAUGUGAAGCUAGGAGCGAACAAGUUCUCGGAGCGACAGCCUCUCGGUACGGCCGCGCAGAGCGAAGACAAGGACUACAAGGAGCCACCACCCGCGCCCUUGUUCGAGCCGGGCGAGCUCAGUUCCUGGUCCUUCUACCGAGCCGGGAUUGCUGAGUUCGUCGCCACGUUCCUCUUUCUGUACAUCACCGUCUUGACGGUGAUGGGCGUGAAGAGGUCCCCGAACAUGUGUGCCAGCGUCGGGAUUCAGGGUAUCGCGUGGGCUUUUGGCGGCAUGAUCUUCGCCCUCGUCUAUUGCACGGCUGGGAUCUCAGGUGGUCACAUUAACCCGGCGGUGACGUUCGGUCUGUUCCUUGCUCGGAAGCUUUCACUCACCCGGGCCAUCUUCUACAUGGUAAUGCAAUGCUUGGGUGCCAUAUGUGGAGCUGGUGUGGUGAAGGGCUUCCAGCCAUCACAGUACCAAUUGCAGGGUGGUGGUGCCAAUUCAGUCAACCAUGGCUACACUAAGGGCGAUGGCCUGGGGGCUGAGAUUGUUGGAACAUUUGUCCUUGUCUACACUGUCUUCUCCGCCACCGAUGCGAAGAGGAAUGCCAGAGACUCCCAUGUCCCUAUCUUGGCUCCUCUGCCUAUUGGAUUUGCAGUGUUUCUUGUCCAUCUCGCAACCAUCCCCAUCACAGGAACUGGCAUCAACCCGGCUAGAAGCCUUGGAGCGGCCAUCAUCUUCAACCGAGCUCAUGCGUGGCAUGACCACUGGAUUUUCUGGGUGGGCCCCUUCAUUGGAGCAGCACUUGCAGCCGUUUACCACCAGAUCGUGAUCAGGGCCAUUCCAUUUAAAACCAAGGACUAAUCCUACCCUUUACCAAAUCUGAUAGUGGGCCAUGAAUAUCUAAGAUGAUGAUGGAGUCACCUCUUUUCUUUCCUCCUUGUAUGUAUUGCACGUUUCCCCUAAGUAGAGCUUGUUGUAAAAUGUGGGUGGGCCUAUGCCUUUGUGUCACCUUUUGUUUGUUUUCUCUGGCUGUGAACUGUAAACAUCGCAUCCUUUUAAUCCCAACCGCUCCAAUAAUUCCUUGUUGAUAAAAA